AUGGAAUCGUUCACUUCGUUCUUCGAAUCGCAAUCUGCUUCUCGGAACAGUUGGAGUUACGACUCUCUCAAGAAUUUCCGUCAGAUUUCCCCUACUGUUCAGACCCAUCUCAAGCAGGUUUAUCUGUUGUUAUGCUGUGCAUUACUUUCAUCAGCGGUUGGAUCUUAUCUUCACUUUGUUUGGAACGUUGGUGGAUUCUUCACAACCAUUGGAUGUAUGGGUAGCAUCAUUUGGCUACUCUCUACUCCUCCUUACCAAGAGAAAAAAAGGGUUUCACUUCUUAUGGCAGCCGCACUCUUUGAAGGGGCAUCCAUCGGUCCUCUGAUCAAAUUAGCCGUUGACUUCGACCCUAGCAUUGUUGUUGGUGCUUUUGUUGGUUGCGCUUUGGCUUUUGGUUGUUUCUCAGCAGUGGCCAUGGUGGCUAGGCGUAGAGAGUACUUGUACCUCGGGGGCUUACUCUCUUCUGGUCUCUCUAUGCUAUUCUGGCUGCAAUUUGCAUCUUCAAUUUUCAGUGGCUCUAUGGCUCUCUUCAAAUUUGAGUUGUAUUUUGGACUUUUGGUGUUUGUGGGCUACAUUGUGUUCGACACUCAGGAUAUAAUUGAGAAAGCACACUUCGGAGAUUUGGACUAUGUCAAGCAUGCCCUCACACUAUUCACAGAUUUUGUUGCCGUCUUUGUCCGAAUCCUCAUUAUCAUGUUGAAGAAUGCAUCUGACAAGGAAGAGAAGAAGAAGAGGAGGAGAAACUGA